UUAGGUUUUCUGAAGGUCAACAAUGAAAAACAGAACCAUGUUUGGUGAGUUUAUUCUACUGGGCCUUACAAAUCAACCCGAACUCCAAGUGAUGAUAUUCAUCUUUCUAUUCCUCACCUACAUGCUAAGUAUCCUAGGAAAUCUGACUAUUAUCACCCUCACCUUACUAGAUCCCCACCUCCAGACCCCCAUGUAUUUCUUCCUCCGGAAUUUCUCCUUCUUAGAAAUUUCCUUCACAUCCAUUUUUAUUCCCAGAUUUCUGACCAGCAUGACAACAGGAAAUAAAGUCAUCAGCUUUGCUGGCUGCUUGACUCAGUAUUUUUUUGCUAUAUUUCUUGGAGCUACAGAGUUUUACCUCCUGGCCUCCAUGUCCUAUGAUCGUUAUGUGGCCAUCUGCAAACCCUUGCAUUACCUGACUAUUAUGAGCAGCAGAGUCUGCAUACAACUAGUGUUCUUCUCCUGGCUGGGGGGAUUCCUAGCAAUCUUACCACCAAUCAUCCUGAUGAGCCAGGUAGAUUUCUGUGCCUCCAAUAUUCUGAAUCACUAUUACUGUGACUAUGGGCCUCUCAUGGAGCUUGCCUGCUCAGACACAAGCUUCUUAGAAUUGAUGGUCAUCCUCUUGGCUGUUGUGACUCUUGUGGUUACUCUGGUGCUGGUGACACUGUCAUACACAUACAUUAUCAGGACUAUUCUGAAGCUCCCCUCUGCCCAGCAAAGGACAAAGGCCUUUUCCACUUGCUCCUCCCACAUGAUUGUCAUCUCCCUCUCUUACAGCAGCUGCAUGUUUAUGUACAUUAAUCCUUCUGCAAAAGAAGGAGGUGCUUUCAACAAAGGAAUAGCUGUACUCAUUACUUCAGUUACCCCCUUGUUGAAUCCCUUCAUAUAUACUUUAAGAAAUCAGCAAGUGAAACAAGCUUUCAAGGACUCAGUCAAAAAGAUUGUGAAACUUUAAAAAAGGAGAUUACACAUUAAUAAAAAAAGAUUUUUUCACUUAAUAAAUACACAUUGAGUGUCUAUAUUUCAAGUGCUAAAUUGGCCCU